CCACAGCAUGUGGAAGUUCCCCCUCCCUGGGCCAGGGAUUGAACACAUGCCUCAGCAAUGACACUGCCAGAUCCAUAACCUGCUGAGCCACCAGGGAACUCCAAGAAAUGGAAACUUCUUAGAUCCCUCCUUCAUCCAUUCUUGAGAGCAGUUUUGAGACCUCCUUUAGUGGACAUCAUAGGUGAGUUCUAUUCCAAACCAUCUUCACUAUGUAGCAACCAUACACUUUGGCUAGAACUGAAAUGACCCAAGCUUAAGAAGUGGCCCCAGAAAGGAUUGAAACAAAGCACAGGCCGAAGAUGGGUCUUCAGAUUCUGGGACUAAAAUCUCCACCUAUAAGUCUAUACCCAUGAAACACUGAUCACCUCAGUAUCAGGUACAUGAUCUUAGUUGGUCGUAUCAGAGUAAAACUAAGUUUGUCUCUAUGACCGGGAAAGAGAAUCUCUCACGCUCUCUUUGAAGCUGUGCUGAAAGAGACAGCGGGUGACCAUGGUUGUAGCUGGAAUAAAUCUUGGGAACCUGAGGGAAACCAGCUUUAGAGAUAAGCCCGUGUUAGAUGAAACUAGUAUGUCUGUGUACUUGUUAAAUAUUUUUUGCAAAUUCUAAGAAACUGGACCUAAAUUAUGGAUUUACAUUAUAAGCUACACCCCAGUAUCUUACUUCAUUUUCUCUCAGGUCACAGUUCACUGCUAUCUAGGAAAUCCACAGAAAGCCUUGGUGUGCUACAACAAUUGUCUAUAUAUUUUCCACCUCACAGUCAAUCCAGUUUCAUAUCCUCUGAGAGGACUUCUGAAAUGACUCAUGUGCACACUGCCUUUCUCUUACCUCCUAAGGAAGGCCAAGCAGUGAUGGAAUUUUGUUCAGUUAAACAGUCCUUUAUAGUCUCCUUGUUUCUGGUUUUCAGUUUUCUCAGAAAGAUUACACACUCCUGGGGCCCAGGACACACACCUUACAUUUCUGUAUUCACCACAACGGAGCAUUUUCAGUUGUUGGGGGGAGUGGGGAGGGAUACGGAAAUGCUUUAAAACAAAUGCUAACAGCAUCGUCGCAAACCAUAAAGAGUAUAAAAAAAUUCUUAUGGACAAUGGACUAUAUCUUUUGUCACUUAAACACAAUAAAUAAACAAUAUUGGCUUCUGGAGGACAUUUAAGUGAACUGAAUUUAGGUAGCAUGCAUCAAACGCUGAAAAAAAUCUAUGGGAACGCAUGGUGGCGCUGCAGGACAACUUCGCCAGGAAAAAACCCCCAAAAAACCUAUGCUGCAUAUUGUUCGGGAACCUCAUUAUCCAGCGCAAAGAGAGCACUAGGAAGACAGGAAGAACAAGGCUUCAAGGGGCAAACUAGAAGCUAUUCAACAGGGUUAAAAAUACUCAGGCCUCCAAAGAUUCGGUGGACAUAUCAGGGGUACGUUUCCCAGACCUGGGAAACAGAGCUGAAGCGAAUCUGCCGGAAGCCUUUGGAAAAGGAGCCAUGGAGAACGGAGGGGCAGGCGCUCUGCGGAUAAGGCAAGUUCUGCUUCUCUUUGUUUUGCUGGAAAUGUCUCAGGCGGGCUCUGAAUCGAGGCGCUUUUCAGUACCAGAGGAAAUGCAGAGUGGGAGCUUUGUAGGCAAUGUGGCAAAAGACCUGGGACUGGAAGUGGGUGAGCUGUUCUCCAGGGGGGCUCGAGUGGUCUCUAAUGACAACAAACAGCGAUUGCAGUUGGACAUAAAUACGGGGGAUUUGUUCUUAAGCGAAGUAUUAGACCGCGAGGAGCUCUGCGGCUCCACAGAGCCCUGCGUGCUGCAUUUCCAGAUACUAAUGAAAAACCCCUUGCAGUUUUUACGUUUUGAGCUCCAGGUCAGGGAUAUAAAUGACCACUCUCCCAUCUUCUUAGAAAAAGAAAUGCUCCUAAAAAUCCCAGAGAAUAGUCCUGUUGGUGCUGUUUUCUUGCUAGAAAGUGCGAAGGAUUUAGAUGUAGGAAUCAACACUCUAAAAAACUACACAAUAAGCUCCAACUCUCAUUUCCACAUUAAGAUGAGAGUCAAUCCAGAUAAUAGGAAAUACCCAGAGUUAGUUCUGGACAAGGCGCUGGAUUACGAAGAGCAGCCUGAACUCAGUUUCAUUCUUACUGCUCUGGAUGGUGGAUCUCCACCUAAGUCCGGGACUGCGUCCGUCCGAGUGGUGGUCGUGGAUAUUAAUGACAACUCCCCUGAGUUUGCCCAGCCAUUUUAUGAAGUGAAGAUUCCAGAGGAUAGUUUAUUAGGCUCGCCGGUUGUCACUGUCUCGGCUUGGGAUUUAGACUCUGGGAAAAACGGAGAAAUAUCAUAUACAUUUUCCCAGGUUUCAGAAGACAUUCGCAAGACAUUUGAAAUUGAUCAAAAGUCUGGACAAGUUAGUUUAACUGCACCUUUGGAUUUUGAAACAAUUGAAUCAUAUUCAAUAAUCAUUCAAGCCACAGAUGGGGGAGGGCUUUUUGGAAAAUCAACACUGAAAAUUCAGGUGAUGGAUGUGAAUGACAAUGCUCCUGAACUGACCGUGUCAUCAAUUACCAAUCCAAUCCCGGAAAAUUCGCCAGAGACCGUGGUUAUGGUUUUUAGUAUCCGAGACAGAGACUCUGGAGUCAACGGGAGGAUAAUUUGUUCUAUUUCAGAAGACCUCCCGUUCAUACUAAAAUCUUCAGUUGAGAAUUACUACACGUUGGAAACGGAGAAGCCGCUGGACCGAGAGGAAAGAGCCGAGUACAACAUCACCAUCACCGUCGGCGACCUGGGGACCCCCCGGCGGCACACCCAGCACAACCUGACCGUGCGCGUGGCCGACGUCAACGACAACGCGCCCGCCUUCAGCCAGCCCGCCUACACCCUGCGGGUCCGCGAGAACAACAGCCCCGCCCUGCACAUCGGCACCGUCCGCGCCACCGACGCCGACGCGGGCGCCAACGCCCAGCUCACCUACUCGCUGCUGCCGCCCUCCGACCCGCACCUGCCCCUCGCCUCGCUCGUGGCCAUCAACCCCGACACCGGCCAGCUCUUCGCCCUGCGCGCCCUCGACUACGAGGCCCUGCGCGCCUUCGACUUCCAGGUGCGCGCCGCCGACCGCGGCGCGCCCGCGCUCAGCAGCCAGGCGCGGGUGCGCGUGCUCGUGGCCGACGCCAACGACCACGCGCCCGUCGUGCUCUACCCGCCGCCCAACGCCUCGGCGCCCUGCACCGAGCUGCUGCCCCGGGCGGCCGAGCCGGGCUACCUGCUCGCCAAGGUGGUGGCGGUGGACGGCGACGCGGGCCAGAACGCCUGGCUGUCCUACCGGCUGCUGCAGGCCACCGAGCCCGGGCUCUUCGGCGUGGGCGCGCACAGCGGCGAGGUGCGCACGGCCCGGCCGCUGAGCGAGCGCGACGCGCCCCGGCAGCGGCUGCUGCUGCUGGUGCGGGACCACGGCGAGCCGCCGCUCUCGGCCAGCGUCCCGCUGCACGUGCUGCUGGUGGACGGCUUCUCGCAGCCCUACCUGCCGCCGCCCGAGGCCCCCGGCCGGGCGCCGGGCGCCGGCGCCGGCGCGGACGAGCCGCUCACCGUCGCCCUGGUGGGGGCGCUGGCGUGCGUGUCGGCGCUGCUGGUGGGGGCGCUGCUGGCCUUGGCGGCGGGGCGGCUGUGCCGGCGGGGCGGGGCGGCCUCGGCGGGGGGCUGCGCGGGGCCCGCGGAGGGCGGCGUCCCGGGCCAGCUGCUGGACGUGGGCGGCACCGGCACCCUGGCCCACGGCUACCGCUACGAGGUGUGUCUGGCGGGAGGUUCUGGAACGAAUGAGUUUAAAUUUCUGAAGCCGAUGCUCCCUAAUCUUCCAGUUCAAGACACUGGUAGCAACAUAGGGGAAAAGGAGAACUUCAGUAAUAGCCUUGGAUUCAACGUUCAAUAAAAUAACUACUUUGAGCUUCCAAAUUUUUUACUAUCCUUGGCAAACUGCAGAUCCCUUUGCCAGUCAAUCUCGAAUAGAUUUUUGGUUGGACUGUGGUUGCUUGCAUGCAUUACCGUUUUUCAUGCUCGCCUCAUAGUUGUUUUAAAAAUCCUUUUUAGUGGUUAUAAUGACAAAAGGUUUUCUGCUUUUUCACUUAUUUGGUCAAAGUGUACUAUUGAGGGAGUUACUGCUGAUAAUUUGUUGUGAUAAUGCAUUACAUAAGAUGAUGUUAUUUGGAGGUGCAAACUCACGUAUUAAGAGCAAAGGCCACACUCUACUUCUAGACAUUUCAUGAAAGCAUACAUACAGCAAAAAGUAAAAAGUGUUAUUGCAUCUGGGUGGAUAAUAUAUUGGAUUUUUUUUUUUUUUGGCCUCACCCAUGGCUUAUGGAAGUUCCAGGGACUGGGACAGAACCCAGGCCAGAUUCUUAACCUAUCCCACUGUGCCACAAGGCAACUUCCAAAAAUAUAUUCGAUUGGAUUGCACUUUCCCCUUCGAAAAUUUUUAUCAGAAAGGGUAAAAAUAUUACACGUCCAUAUUCAGUAGUAAGGUACCUUUUUUGUCUUAUAGUGUUUUUCAAGGAUUCACUCUAUGACUAAAUAAAAGUGACUGCACUGAAAA